AUGAAUGCUGAGCUCCAGGUUGAGCAUGAAAAGAUGGAAAGUGUGAAUGAGAUAAUAAUCCAUUUACAAGAGUUGUAUGGUGAGAACUUAGUGGUGAAGCAAUACGAAUUGUGUUCGACACAAUUCAUAAUGAGGCUUAGGGAGGGAGUUGCCCCAGAUGAUCAUGUUAUGAAAAUGAGUAAUAUUAUAGGGCAAUUGCAUACACUUGAGAUUGUGAUGCCACACUAUCUUAAGGUGAAUUUGAUUCUGCAAUCCCUUCUACCAAGUUUCAAGCCCUUCAUCACAAAUUAUAAUCUCAAUAGGAUUGAGCGCACUCUUGCAGAACUGUCGAAUGAAAUUCAACAGUUCUAUAAGCAGGGAAGAAAGGAAAAGGGGCAAGAGGAUGUUUUUGCAGCUUCUUGUAGUAAGACUAAGAAGAAGCAAUGGAAGCAAAAGAAAGGUCUAAAAGUUGGACCAUAG